AGAGAUCCCACUCCUACUAAGACGGGCUUCGUUGGGCCUGAUGGGCUGUCCAGAGAUGAACGAGCGCAAAAUUGGAGCCCACUUCAGCUAUGGUCUUUUGGGCCUUGAAACUGUUUGACCGACCAAUUCUCGAUGAUACCUGUUAAACUGCAACAGAACCCAAACCUCGCCGAUUUUCGCUCCCCUCGGAGGUCGGAGCUCCUCACCGCGCGCGUACGCCGCCGCUGCUCACCUCACCUCAGCGAACCCUAACCCCGGUGGUCCGCCGCUUCGAGCGGGACCCUAGGCGUCGCCGGAGCCCCCGCGGUCGGGGCGAGCGGCGGAGGAACCCGGAAAGCGUUUUCCCCUCCCCUCCCCUUACCGGGGGAGGGAGAAACUAGCGGAGGCGGCGAAUCAGGUCAGAGGAGGGCACGAUGAGGAUCAUGAUCAAGGGAGGCGUGUGGAAGAACACGGAGGACGAGAUCCUCAAGGCGGCUGUGAUGAAGUACGGCAAGAACCAGUGGGCGCGCAUCUCGUCGCUGCUCGUCCGCAAGUCCGCCAAGCAGUGCAAGGCCCGCUGGUACGAGUGGCUCGAUCCGUCCAUCAAGAAGACCGAGUGGACAAGGGAAGAGGAUGAGAAGUUACUUCAUCUAGCUAAACUCAUGCCUACUCAGUGGAGGACAAUUGCACCUAUUGUAGGUCGAACACCAUCUCAGUGUCUUGAACGUUAUGAAAAACUGCUUGAUGCUGCAUGUGCAAAGGAUGAAAAUUAUGAGGCUAAUGAUGAUCCUAGGAAGCUGCGGCCUGGCGAGAUUGACCCAAACCCUGAGUCAAAGCCUGCACGUCCUGAUCCUGUUGAUAUGGAUGAAGAUGAAAAAGAAAUGCUUUCUGAGGCUAGGGCCCGCUUAGCUAACACUAGGGGUAAAAAGGCCAAACGAAAGGCAAGGGAGAAACAACUUGAAGAGGCAAGACGGCUUGCCUCACUACAAAAAAGGAGAGAAUUGAAGGCGGCUGGUAUUGAUACACGCCACAGAAAAAGAAAGAGAAAGGGGAUUGACUACAAUGCUGAGAUCCCAUUUGAAAAGAGACCACCUUCAGGUUUUUAUGAUACUGUUGGUGAAGACAGGCCACUUGAACAUGUACAGUUUCCAACGACCAUUGAGGAGCUUGAAGGGAAGAGAAGAGCAGAUAUAGAGGCACAAUUAAGAAAACAAGAUAUCGCCAGGAACAAGAUCCUGCAGCGACAGGAUGCCCCUGCUGCUAUAAUGCAAGCAAAUAAACUAAAUGAUCCAGAAGCUGUCACAAAGAGGUCAAAGCUGAUGCUGCCGCCUCCCCAAAUUUCUGACCAUGAGUUAGAGGAGAUAGCGAAGAUGGGCAAUGCUGGUGAUCCUGCUUUAGCUGAUGAGCUUGGUGAAGGAAGUGCUGCCACAAGAACCUUGCUUGCCAGCUAUUCUCAGACUCCAAGGCUUGGUAUGACACCAUUGCGAACUCCACAGCGAACUCCAGCUGGGAAGGGUGAUGCAAUUAUGAUGGAGGCAGAAAAUCUUGCACGUCUUAGAGAAUCACAGACACCUCUAUUAGGAGGUGACAACCCAGAGCUUCAUCCAUCAGAUUUCUCUGGUGUUACACCACGUAAGAAGGAGAUACAGACUCCAAAUCCAAUGGCAACACCUUUGGCAAGCCCUGGCCCUGGUAUUACUCCAAGGAUUGGUAUGACACCAUCCAGAGAGGGGCACAGCUUUGGUUUAACACCAAGGGGAACUCCUUUCCGUGAUGAACUUCGCAUAAAUGAAGAGGUGGAAAUGCAGGACAGCACUAAACUUGAGCUUCGUAGGCAAGCUGAACUGAAGAAAAGCCUGCGAUCUGGUUUUGCUUCUAUUCCACAGCCAAAGAAUGAGUACCAGAUAGUCAUGCCACCUAUUACGGAGGAUGAGAAAGAAGAAGCUGAAGAGAAAAUUGAAGAGGACAUGUCAGACAGACUGGCACGAGAAAGGGCUGAGGAACAGGCUAGGCAUGAGGUGUUGCUCAGAAAGAGAUCCAAAGUGUUGCAGAGGAGUCUGCCUAGGCCACCGGCUGCUUCAGUAGAGAUUAUCUGGCAAUCUCUUAUUAGAAGUGGAGAAAGCAGAAGCAGAAGCACCUUUGUGCCUCCUACUUCGCUUGAACAAGCUGAUGAACUAAUAAAUGAGGAGCUCUUUAGGCUUCUUGAGCAUGAUAAUGCAAAAUAUCCUCUUGAUGAAAAAACUCAAAAAGAGAAAAAGAAAGGAAGCAAGCGUCAGCAAAAUGGAGGACCUCUUGUCCCUGAAAUUGAGGAUUUUGAUGAAGAUGAACUUAAAGAGGCUAGUUCUAUGGUUGAAGAGGAGAUUCAAUACCUUCGAGUGGCCAUGGGUCAUGAAAAUGAAUCGUUUGAGGACUUCGUGAAAGCACAUGAUGCAUGCCAAGAGGACCUUAUGUUUUUUCCUACCAACAAUAGCUAUGGUUUAGCUAGUGUUUCUGGAAAUGCUGAUAAGGUUUCUGCUUUGCAAAAUGAGUUUGAAACUGUGAAGAAGCGAAUGGAUGAUGAAGCAAAAAAGGCUUCUCGGCUUGAGCAGAAGAUUAAGCUGCUGACACAAGGAUAUCAGGUAAGGUCUGGAAAACUGUGGUCACAGGUCCAAGAUACAUUUAAGCAGAUGGACACUGCUGCAACAGAACUCGGAUGCUUCCAAGAGCUGCAGAAACAGGAACAUCUUGCCGCUUCAUACCGAAUCCUAAAUUUGACUGAAGAAGUGAAUAAGCAGAAAGCACUAGAAAGGACCCUCCAGAGCCGCUAUGGUGAGCUUGUUUCUGGUUUCCAGAGGAUCGAAGAACAGCUUGAGGAGCACAAGAAGCAACUCAAGGUACAGGAGGCGAUAGAAGCUGAAAACCGUGCUCAGGAAGAGGAAGUUGCGGCACCAAACCAUGCUGCUGAGGAAGAGGAUGAAAGGAAGCCUCCCAGCUUUGAAGAGAAAUCACAGCAGACAAGUAGAGCUACUGAUGAAGAAGCUGCAGGAAGCAAAGGAACCACCGAGGAUCAGAUGGAUGUGAACAGCGGGAAUGGAGACGGUGGAGUCGUAGGCCCUAUCCCACCAACACCAAACACUGAAGGGGAUGACGAUGAAGUAUCAAUUCAGGAGAGCGCUUCUAACACUCAGAGUAGUGACUGUACCUCCACUAAGGAUGGGGCAGACAAGAUCGAUCAAGCCAAGUUAGAAGGUCAGGAUAAAUCAGAUGACAGUAUGGCUGUUGAUGCUGGCCCUCGUGAAGAGAGCAAGGAUGAACUUGUACCUGUUGGUGCCAGCAUAAGUGAAGAAAACACAAUGGUACCUUCGGAUCAAGCUGUCUCAAAGGAGGAUGAAGGCAUGGCUCCUUAAUGAAAUAUUGUUUGUUGACUAUACUCCAGCAACACUACUCUAAGGUCGCUUCUUCCAUCUUCCAUCCACGGAUGGUUACACGACACCAGCCACAUUGUACAAGGUGGCAAGUAGUACAAGAUGCACAAUUUUCACCCCGUGUCCUUCAAUUAAUAUCUUUUAACUCGAUGUUGGACACUUACUGUUGGCAGAGACCAGAGAGCCUGCACAUGCGAUCUGUUGUUCAUCUGUUGCCGCCUCUCGGCUGGAUCGGCAGUGAGAAAAGGCACUGAAACGGACCUGCUUGCUAGCUCCCGGACGUCCGUUCCGGGGCGCUAGCAUUGGACGACGCCCGCCUCCCACCA